AUGCCAGGUGGAGCCACCGUCUGCUCCGGUCACCGGUUUCAAUGUCUUCCUCUUCUUCCACACUCAACUCGUCCCCAGCUCACCAAUUCGACUCGGUCUCGACUCGUUUCUGUUCAUCCCCAAUCAAUUUCAUGUUUUCACACAAAGCUUUUCUUCAACUCCAAUCGGUUUUGUGUUACUCCCACAAGAGCUGCUGAUUCUUCAACCACCACAACUUCCCGAUCUUCUGACGUUCCUAACAACAACAACAUCACGCUUGUUCCCGACGAAGAAAUCUCCAUUACCAAGAUUUCGUUUGGUACGAUUGGACUAAGUCUUGGAGUCUCACUCUUGUCCUAUGGUUUUGGAGCAUACUUUAAUAUUCUCCCUGGAUCUGAAUGGUCAGCUAUAAUGUUAACAUAUGGGUUCCCUCUUGCUAUUAUUGGCAUGGCGCUCAAGUAUGCAGAACUCAAGCCAGUGCCAUGCCUCACAAAUUCAGAUGCUUUCAAAUUGCAGGAAAAAUGUGCAACUCCUAUUCUUAAACAGGUGAAGAGUGAUGUUACCAGAUUUCGUUAUGGGGAUGAACAGCAUUUAGAAGAAGCAUUGAAACGGAUUUUUCAGUAUGGUCUAGGAGGAGGAAUCCCCAGAAGAAGUGCACCUGUUCUACAAUUGAUUCGUGAAGAGGUCACACAAGACGGGAAAUAUAGUUUGGUCUUGGUUUUUGAGGCUAAGACUCUGGAAUUGUCAGAUUUUGAAAAGAGACAGGCUAAAUUUACUUCAUUCUUUGGGCCUGGAAUUACAGCAGAAGUUGGUAAGGGCGAAAAUGAUUUAUACGAGGUUCGACUUAUUUCCAGUACAGACCCUAAUGCAACUUCUUCAUGA